AUGGACUUGCCGCUAGCCCUCGCAGCUCUACUCCUCCUCCUCCUAGUGCUCCUCGCUGCCCCGCCGGCGGCGCUCCUCAUUGCCCUCCACCUGAACCGCCGCCGCCGCCUAACGCCGCCCGAGCCGGCGGCCGCGGCGCUCGAGCCGAGCGCGCCGGCCGAGGAGAACGAGGGCGGGAAGGAGAAGAGGCGGCGGCGCAGGGCGAGGCGGAAGCAGCAGCAGAAGCAGGGCGGCGACGGGGCCCUCUCGCAGGCGGCAGGCGGCGGCGGGGACGACGCGCUGCCGCCGCGGCCGCGGUUCCCGCUCGCCUCGGUGGCCGGCGCACUGCAGCGGCGGAUCACCGCGCGGUACGACGAGCUCGCGCGGGCCAGCCAGGCCCAGUCCCUCACCAUUGACCAGGUCCAUGAGUUUCUUAACACUCUUGUAGAUGCGAGGGACGAACUACUACAAAAGUCUGAGAACACCCGAAGAAGCAUCACAAUAAGGAAGGCCAUGUUAUCUAACAGUCGUAAUGGUAGGUCUUCACAUGACCACCUUCGCCUAUGUCAACAGGUGGAUAAGUUGGAAUUUGAAUAUGAAAGACUAAAGAAAGAUGCCAGCAUUUACCAUAAUCUUCAUGAGCAGCUUCAGCUGUCAUCGUGCUACAAACUGAUGGAGGAGAGCAACGAUGAAGCGGAGAAGAAAAUCCGUGAAGCAGCCUUCGCCAAAGGGGUACGCGAUACCGCUUUCGAGGACCUGCUGGCUGUGGAGAAGAAGGAUGACGCCUUCUGGCGUCGUCACGGGAAGCUGAGGUCGAUCUCGGACAGCAUGUAG